UUAGCCAGAGCCGGCCCUGCCUUUCUCGCCACCUUUUUCGUUUUGGCCAGGGCAUCUCCCCCCACCGUGCCAUCUCCCUUCAUUUUACCAGGUGAUCCUCCGCACCUGGAGAGCUCCCCGCCCCCUCCGCUGGGGCCUGUGCGCACCAACCCUCCGAAGAGAGUCCAUGCGCACGUCUCACGGGACGCUCCCCCCCGGAUCACAGAGUGCCGCCCUCCGUGGCCCGGGCCGGUGCCUCAUAGGACCUCAUGACAAGCUCGACUUCAUACCUAGGUAAUCCGCCUUGCUUGUGGUUCGAG